UUUUUCCCUUUGAUUGUAAAUUGUUUUUAUUUAUUUCUCUCUUUAAUUGUGAUUGUAUUUAAAUUAAUUGUUGCUGUUUAUUUGUUAUAUUCUUGUUAAUAUUCCUUUCGUUGUGUAUAUUGUUUUAUUAAUAUGGAUAAGUUUUUGGUCGAUUUAGAUUCAGUAUUAGAUAAAUUGGAGGCCGAGGAUGCGGAUCGAUGUGCUACCGAUAAACUUGAUGAAGAUGAUGAACCUUGUAACUUAAUUGGAUCAAGUGUUUAUAGAAAUAGUGAAAUUGAUAAAAUUAAACAAUCUAUUGGAGGUGGUAGUGGUAGUAGUAGCAGUAGCAGUGGUGGUAUAUCUGAUUUACACCAUUUAAACCAAUAUAAAUAUCAACAACAACAACAACAACAAGAGCCAAAGAUUGUCAAAUCUAGUGACAAUCUAGUAACUGGUAACUCAACUGUUAUCAUUGGUAAUGAUAAUUAUUAUAAUGAUGAUGGCGGUGGUAACGAUGGUGGGAGUUGUAGCAAUAAAAAUAGUCAUGGUAAAAGUGAAUUGGAUUCAUUUCUUUCAUCAAAAUCUCAACCAAUUUCUAGUGGAAUAUCAUUAACCAAUGAUACCUCCUUUGGUAAUAAAAAUAGUGUCAAAGUAUCACAAAUCGAUAAGAUCUGUAGUGAGAAAUCAAGUGUCACUGAGCUCGUAAACUAUCUGAAUGAUAAUGGAAAAGAUGAACCAGAUAAUAUUUCUACAAUUAAUGAUAUUAGAGGUGUUGUUAUUGGUAAUAUAAAUGAUGAUAAUAAUGCCACCAAAGGAGAGAUCAGAAAUUGUGGUAAUAUCGAUGAUAAUGAUGACAAAUUAACCAAAUUACUGGACUCGUAUCAUCAAGAGGAUAAUAUAAUGCAACAAUCAGCGAAUCUCGAUCAAACUUACAACAAUAUUAAACCAUCAGUAGCUGUAAUUAAAGAUUCUAAUGAGAUGCCUGAGAGAGAUACUGUCACAGGAUAUAUUGGAUUGGAAAAAAAUGAUUCUGUUUUAAUUUCUACCAAUAUUAAACAAUUAGAGAGUAAACCAAUUGGAGAAAAGGUGAUUUCAUCUGCUAGUAAUUUUCAAGAUUCAUUAUUAAGCAAUCAUUCAUCUUUACCCUCAUCUUCAUCAUCAUCAUCAAUAACAACAUCAAUUGUCUUACCUAAGUCAAAUAAACUGUUGGAAAAUAGUUCAAAAGGAGUACCAAUUGACUCUAAAUUAAAAGAGGAGGAAGAAUCAACAACUGAUGAGGAGAUGACUGAAGAGGAGGUUAAAGCUUUGGAGAAAGAAUUGGAAUCUGAAUUGGAACGAUUAAACCAACAAUCUGAGGUAUCAACUCUUGAGGAUAUAAUUGAAUCUGAAACAAAAUCAACCAUCAAAAAAUCAACAGAAAAAAUUGUAUCAUCAUCUGUGACUUUAUUUCCACCAUCACCAUCAUCAUCAUCAUCAUCUAAAUCACCAUCAAUAUCAUCAACUAUUGCAACACCAGCAACAACAAUAAGCACUACAACAUCAUCCUCAUUAUCACCCUCGCCCUCGCCCUCAUCAUCAUCAUCAACAACAACGACAUUAUCUUCAUCACUAUCAACAACAAUAUCUAAACCAAUUGAAACAUCAAUAGCCAGUGGUGAAUGUUUGUUAAUCAACCAACCAAGUGAAUCUCAUCAGUCAUCAAAUGAAACUACAACAAAUGAUGAUGAGACUACAAUGAUAAACAAAGAUGAAUUAACUUCAACUAUCAGUGAUUAUGAUAAUAAUGUCAACGGUGGAAAUACAUUAAUGGUAUCAAAUAAGCCUAAUAGACCUGUAACUUUACCUUUAUCCACUAAUCAACAGUCCGAUCAACCUGGACACACACCUAUGCAUAGUGAUGGUGAUGAAUUAAUACCCAGAGAACCGGAAAUCGACACAGAAUUAGUAGUAUCUUCAUCUUCCCAAUUAAUAACAGUUAACAAUCAAAUUGAAAGUGAUACUACUGUUCCCGAAAAUGUACAAUCCUCCAUGUCAAGUAUUGGUUACUUUAAACCCUUCUGGAUACCCGAUGAAGAUGCACCUCAAUGUAUGAUUUGUGAUGUAAAAUUUACCGUUAUGAAGCGUCGGCAUCAUUGUCGAGCCUGUGGUAAAGUCUUAUGUGCCCAAUGUUCCCGUUUUAAAGCACCACUGGCCUACCUUUCCUAUGAGAAGGCCAGAGUUUGUGAUCAAUGUCUUCCACUUUUAACCGAAGGUGGAAUCAUUUCUGGACAAGAUAAUUCAUUCAAUGAUUCUGGUUACUAUCAAGUAGGACAACAACAACAUCCACUGGGAGCUGAAGGUCUCCCCACACCAAGUGCUCCACCUCCUCAUCAAUUAACAGGAACAGCAUCAUCAUCCUUAGUUACUGGAUCAACAGCUCAAUCUUCCGCUUCUUGUUCAUCAAAUAUUCAACCAGUUAGUGUUUUACGUCGACCUUCAAAACCUCGUACCGGAGAACCUAAACAAGUCAUUUUCUCUGAUGGUAUUCGACCUGGAAACGAUUUAAAAGAUGACCAGGUCACCUCAAUUUCUCAUCGUCGUCAUGCCAAAAAAGUUAAAUCACCACCAAUAGAAAAAAAUCCCUCAUCACCAGGUUUCUCUUCCUCAUCAUCUAAAUCACGUCUUUCCAAACGAAUUGUUAUCCAAGAUGCAAAUGGCCAAUUACCACCAAUUCUAAAUGCACCCUCUCUCCAUUCUGAUCCAACCUUUGAUAAUCUAAUUAUUCUCCUUGAAAAGGAGGAUGAACCACCCGUUACAUUUAGUUUAACCAAGAAUCUAAUGGCCUUGGUUAAACUAGUUAAACUUGAUUGUUGUACAAAUGAAUAUUGUUGGUCAUUUACAAGUCAAAAUCUAGCGACUGUUGGUCAAGAUGAGAUUAUUGUUGUCGUGGAAAAAAUUUCCGGAGAAAAUGUUCUACCUCGAGAUAUAUUUCGUCUAUUUGCUUAUAUUUACGAUUCAGCGAGUAAAGGGUAUCCUUUCUCAGAACUGAGUCAUGUCUUAUAUCCUGAUGGAUUUUUCGGAUUAAAAGAUUUUCCAUCAUUUGUUUUCAUUCGACCAACAUUCCAGUGUCUUAAUAAAUUAACUCUUCCACCAGCACCUUUUUUAAUUGGCGUAUUAAUCCAUCGAUUUGAAGUACCUUGGGCUAAAUUAUUUCCACUUCGAUUAAUUCUUCGAUUAGGUUCUAAAUAUCAUUGUUAUCCUUGCCCGAUUGUUAGUUAUCGAGCACGUCGACCAUCAUACUUCGAGAUUGGACAUACCGUCAUGGAUAUUUUAGCGGAUUUUCGUAAUUUUCAAUAUACUCUACCUGUGAUACCUGGAUUAACGAUCCAUACUGAGGCCAAACGGACAACGGUUACUUUUCCCAAAAAUCGUUAUGAUAAAGUAAUGAAAGCGUUGGGUUCUAGUAAUGAAUACGUUUUAUCGUUUGGUGGGACAUUCAGUUUAACAGCUGAUUCACAUUUAACCUGUAUACAAAAUGAUGAUGGUCAAUAUCAUACCCAAACAAUUAAAUUAAAUGAAAGUGAAACAGUUGAACCUAAAAUAACUGGUGCAAGCUUCAUUGUUUUCAGUGGAGCUUUAAAAUCAUCAACUGGAAUGGCGGCUAAGAUGAGUGUAGUUGAAGAUGGCCUGUUAGUCCAAGUAACGGCUAAUACAUUAAACUUAUUGAAAUCAUCUUUAAAAGAUAUGAAUGAUUUUGUCAUUGAAUGUGGUAAAAAAGAUGCUCCAACAAACGAGGAAAGUGUUUCAAUUAUUUGGGGUGAAGAUGAUAAACAAUUUAACCUUGGAGUUCGAAGUUGUAUUGAUGGGCUAUCUGAAGGAAUUAAUAGCAUUCGAAUGUACAGUGGAACAGAUUUCGAAGGAGACAAAUAUUUAAUUCGUUGGGUUGAACUAUUUUUAAUUCAGAACACUGAGCUUCCAAGAAGUAGUGAUGGUUACGAUGCCGGAAGAGCGGCCGAAAUAAUCGCCCAAUCGUUUUGUCCAGCAUUAGUACCAUGUCUGGAAUCACUGGUCGAAUCAAAAAUCACAAAGAUCGGAUUAAGAGUAACCCUAGACCCUGAUAAGAUUGGUUAUGACAUUGGUAGCAAUGGGUCACCAUUACCCUCCAGUUAUAUAAAUCGUUCCGAUGCAGCCUUGAUUCCCAUUAUUAUGGGCAACAUUGCACCCAAUAUGGAGGUUCGCCUUGUUAUCGAGUUGAUAUUUUAUAUUUUGGUUAAAUGAUUGUGAUUAAUUUUAAUUGUGAUCAUAAACUUUACCCUUAAAUCGUAAACAAUGCAAGCUCAUAUAUUGUUAUUUUAGUAUUUCUUUUGUCUAUUGUUACUUUUCAGAGAGAAAGUAACUACCAAACAAAAAACAUGAGAUAUAAAUGGGAAAAGAAAGAGAUUUUAAUUCAAAAAAAUCAAUUGAUUACACUUUUUUAAACUACAAUCAAGUCUUUUUUUUUCAACAGCAAUUUAAUCACAAUCAAUAUUAUCCGAUUGGCAAAUAUACUUAUGAGUGCAAAAAUCUUUAUAUUAUACUUCAA